UCAUACACAAACACAAACACAAACACAAUCACAAUCACAAUCACAAACACACACACUUUUCUUUCUCUCUCCUCUAGUCUCCUCCGUCGUCCGCGGCACCUGACGCCGUCCUCCGCCUUCUGAUUGCGCCCACCUUCAACAAAACCACCAUCCAUCAACUCUCUUUCACCAAAGCCACCAGCUUCAGUUGUAUCACCACCUCUUAUCGGCGGCGCCUCCGCCAUUGAGGAUUUUCAAUUUAGGGGACUUCCGGCCACCUCUCCUUCUCCGCUGCUGCUAUUCUCGGUGUUGACGAUAGUGUAUAGGAAUAUCUAGAAAGUGCUCAGUUUUUGCAGUUUAGGAUCACCAAGUACACAUCUUGAGCACUGUUGCUGCUAUUGUAUCUCAUGAUGCCUAAGGUUUUAAACAUCUCAGAUACUGAAAGUUUAUCUGAUGGGGAAGGUGAAAUUCAAAGCAUGCAAAACAUUGGUGGAUUGGGGUUUGGGAUGUCAUCUGAGGUCGAGGUUGCAGAGUCAAGGCAUCUUGGGGAAAAUGUUGCCAGCUCAUCAGGAACUAAUUUAAGAUCUUCCUUCAUUGGAAUGGGAUUUACACCUUCUCUGAUAGAUAAAGUGAUUAAAGACAAAGGGGAGGAAGAUGCUGGCUUAUUGUUGGACACUCUCUUUGCAUAUUCAGCCCAUCAAAAGUCAAAUUCUGAAUCAUCAGAUUCGUUGGGUCCAUUGGCUGAUGAAAGUAGGUACAAAAGAAGCCCUCCUGGGUCUGACGAUCAGUGUCAGUUGGAGAAGGCUCUGCAAGGAACAAAAUCUAUGUCAUCUGAGUCGCUGGAUAGCUUACUCGAUGAUGACAAAGAUGUAGAAGACAUUACACCAUCUGCACAUUUUAAUCUGAAGCAGGAGCCUGAUGUACUCGAGGAUCUUGAUGAUGACAAGAGGGCAUCAUUAUUGAUGAUGAAUUUUCCUGUUGCUGAAGUCGACUUUGCAAUCAGUAAACUUGGUAGCAGUGCUCCAAUCAAUGAACUGGUGGACUUCAUAAUGGCAGCUCAGAUAGCUGAGAGUGAAAACUGUGACGGCCUGCCAAAUGGUGAUAAUGUGGAUAAAAAUGAGAAUUGCAGUACAGACGCAUUAUUUGGAACCAUGGACAAGACUUUGCAGCUGCUCGAAAUGGGAUUUAAUGAGCAAGAUGUUUCAUUGGCUAUUGAAAAGCUGGGUUCAGAAGUGCCAAUCAUAGAGCUUGCCAACUGCAUUUGUGCCUCGCAAAUGGGCGAAUCUUAUCUCCUGAAUACCAAGAAUUCUUCAAUACCUUCGAAGGCGAAGCGUAUAUCUCAUGAUAGUUCAUGGUAUCGUAUUAAGGGAAUGCCUAAUAAUUGUGAUUUAUUUGGCGUAAAAACUGAGAAAUGUGACGAAGACUUUCUUUCUCAAAGGAGUAGUGUGGGCUUUGGAAAUAUAUAUGGUGAUAUAAAACCAAAAGAAGAAUACUUUGAUGAGCCAAGUUCUUCUAUGGGGGAUAUUAAAUUAGACGAUAUAAAGGGUAAAAGACCAAAAGAAGAAUAUGACGAUGACUUGAGUACUUGUGUUGACUAUUCAAGGAAAAAAUCAAAAAAUCUAACUAUUGGUUCUAAUCCAUCACCGCUUAGAAAGAUCCCCGGUGACAAUUUUGGGAUACCUAAGCCAUCUAGGAGAAGUAUUGAUAAAGGGCUUCAUGGACCUCCUUAUUUCUUAUAUGGAAAUUUUGUUAAUCUAUCUGCUGAUGGUUGGCAAAAGGUGUCUCAGUAUUUAUUUGCACUAGAACCGGAAUUUGUGAAUACUCAACUUUUUUCUGCCUUAAAUAGAACAGAAGGAUACAUACAUAAUCUGCCCAUUGAAGGUCGGUUUCACAUCGAUCUAAAAUCUCCGAUGACAAUUGGAGAAGCAGUACCACACAUGAAGAAGUGGUGGCCGUCAUGGGAUACAAGGAAGCAAUUAAGCAGUAUAAAUUGUGAUUCAGUAGGAUCAACACAAAUUUGUAGUAGCUUGGGUAAGAUGUUGGUUAGUUCUCAAGGUUUACUUUCAAGUGAAAAACAAAGAAAAGUACUCUAUUAUUGUCGUACUAUGAAUCUUAUUUGGGCUGGCCCACAAAGACUCGCCCCCAUGGAACCAGAACAUGUGGAACGCAUUCUAGGAUAUCCAAUCAAUCAUACGCGGAAUCCUGACAUGAAUCUGACGGAGAGGCUCGAAUCCUUGAAGCAUUGUUUCCAAACUGAUACAUUAGGAUAUUAUCUCUCUGUUAUGAAGCCUCUGUUCCCUGGUGGAAUAACUCUGUUGUCUCUUUACAGUGGAAUCGGUGGAGCAGAAGUGACAUUGCAUCGGCUUGGAAUUUAUCUGAAAGCCGUUGUUUCUGUUGAGUCUUCUGAAACGAGACGUAAGAUUUUGAGAAGGUGGUGGCAGAAUACUGAUCAAGCAGGGGAGUUGAUACAGAUUGAAGGUAUCCAAAAGCUGACAAUUAACAAAUUGGAGUUCCUGACGAAAAAGUUUGGUGGUUUUGACUUGGUUGUUUGCCAAAACCCAUGUACAUAUUCAGAAAAAGGCUCCAAGACAGUCCCUGGAGCUGGAAGUAGUGAAGUUGCAGCUUUGGACUUCACUUUGUAUUAUGAAUUUGUUCGUGUCCUGCAGCGGGUCAGAAGUAUGUCCGGGAGGACAUGAUAGUCAAUAAACAAUGAAGACAGUCCCUGGAAGUAGUGAAGAUGCAGGUUUGGACUUCACUUUCUAUUAUGAAUUUGUAGCCGGUAUUAAGUGGUAGGAAGGGCACGAUAGUUAAUAAGCAAUGAAGUUGCAAGUCUGCAAGAGUUGGGAGGUCUUCAAGAUUAUUACUUUUGCUUACUAUUGGAAAUAAGGUAGAUAAACAUUUUUCUGAGCCUGAGAAUGUAAUAAGCUGUCAAAAAUGUAUUAAUUUUGUGUACUCAGUUUUAGUCUAGUGGUGAACAAAGCCAUUGUAUCAGGUGAGCAUAACAUGCUUAUGAUCUGCUUUGGAAUGUUCAAAGAAGCAUGCUCACCGUUUUGCUAAUUUAUGAUUAAUAUUAGUACUAAUCAAUUAGUUGAUUGUUCUGUAUCAUUAUUCGAAUCUCUCUAUUAUUAUCUUUAAUUCAAAAGACAAACCAUUCCAUCA